GGUAACUUUAAAAAUUUAAGUUCGUAAGGCCCGUAAAAAGUACAUCAUGAAAUCGAAAAGAAAGCGUGUCGAUUCCGAUCGGUUGUUGCAACGCAAAGCCGGUAAUGGGUUUAAAAAAUCGAAUGGAAACCCGUUCGAGACCGUCGUGAUGAAAUCGAAGUUUGCCGUGUUGAACCGUGACCCUCAAUCCAAGCACCCGGGAGCGUUGAAACGGCGUGCCAUCGAAAAUCGUAAACAAACGCUGGGCAAGGAAUUUGCCGUCCUGCACAAAACGAACCGCUUCACGGACGCGAGAAAGUUUGGCGCAAAUCCCGUGCGGCAACCGUCCGGUAAAGCGCUGAAAAUGCAAAUGUACAAUCUGAAUCUGACCCAUCGUGGCCAAACGUUGGCGGAAUUGGAAAACUUGGACGAUGUGGUUGAUGAUGACAAUGAUGAGGAUGAGGAGACCGGCCGGUUGGAUGACGACUUCACCAAAGCGACACAUUUUGGCGGAGGAUCCGAUGACGAAGGUGCAACGGGUGGAAGGGAUCGUAAAACAGUGAUCGAAGAAAUGAUCGCCGAGUCGAAGAGAUUGAGGACGGAAAAGCAGCGCGACAAUGAGAUGUUGUUUGAGAAAUCGCAAGAACUGGACAAAGACUUGAAGCUGCUGAUGUCGCAAGUUGGAGCACACAUGCGUACGGAGAAGGAUCGCCCCACGCCGGACGACUACGAUCGUGUGAUGCGCGAGAUGAUCUUCGAGCGGCGGGGUACGCCUGCAGAAAAGGUUAAAUCGGAAGAGCUUGCACGAAAGGAGCAGCAACGGAAGGAAAAGCUUGAGCAAGAGCGUUUAGAACGCAUGAAGAACGAUGAGGGUGAUCGGGGGAAGGAUAAAAUCCGAAAGCACCUUUCUGCUGACGCCCUGGACGAUGGCUAUUUGUUGAAUGACGACGACGAUAAUGGCCCUUUGGUGGACGAUGAUGAUGGAAUAAACGGCGUAGCUAAUGGGUACGAUCCGAGAAAAGUGUCGCUAGAAGCUGCGGGCAAAUCAAACCCAAAUGAGGAAGAUGAUGAGCCGGCCAGUGAAGAUGGUGAAGACGAUGAUGACGACGAUGACGAAGAAGGCGAAGAUGAUGAGGAUGAAUCUAGUGGUAGCGAUGCUGAUAGUUUAUCCGACCUUAAAAACGCUGCACCAGCUAGCGACGACGAUGAAGAAGCAGAGGAUGAAGAACCAGAACCGAAAGAUGAUAAACAAGAAUCAGAAAAUCCUGUUGAUUCCAUUCCGAUGGAACCGAUUCCCCACUUCAUUGAAAUCCCGAGGCAGUACGAAGAUUUUGCUGAAUUGCUCGGAAAAUAUACCGUUGAGCAGCAGGCUGUGGUUGUGGAGAAGAUUGUUCAGAGAGCAAACGAAAACAACCCGCGGGCGAAGGCGCAACGGCCGGUGAUUUUUGUCUACAUUAUUCAACAUCUCGUGGAUCGAUUCACCGUGACUAGUCUCGCUUCGAUAACAACGGACUUCAAAGCGUUACAUCUGCUAACGCCACUGCUUUACGAUCUGGCCAAGAAAGAUCCGGCCGGCACCAGCGGAAUGUUCCAUGAUAUCUUGCAGGAAAAGUACGCCGACUUUCAAAAGCAUCCCCAGCGCCAUCCACCCUUAGCAACACUGAUCGUUUUGAAGCUUCUUCCGUUGCUCUUUUCCGCCUCAGACGCGCGGCAUUCAAUCGUAACGCCGGGGCUGGUGUUUAUCAGUGAAGUGCUGACGCAGUGUCCUGUCCGCAAUCGGCGCCAUAUUGCUACCGGGAUGCUGCUCAUUACGACAGUGUUGGAAUGUGUCGAGCAAUCCAAGCGUUUUCUUCCGGCGGUACUUUCCUUCCUAGCUGAGGUCAUCAAUCAAGCUUGUCCUCCCACCCCUCCGCACACAACCAACAAGUGUUUGCAUCCGUUUAAAGCUGAGACCGCGUCGUUACUACUGGCACCAAACGAGGAAGCUGUUAAAGUACCCAGCGAAGGGUUAAAAUUGAUCGCCGAAGAUUUAUUGCGGGCGGAAAUGACAGAAUCGUUUAAAAUUCGUGUUGUUGCCACCGCGGUUUCGAUGAUCUCUACUUUGAGCACACAGUUGUGCGAUUGUCCCGCCGUCGAGACCAUUGUCCGACCCUUCUUGAACCAAUUGACUGCGCUGGAGACAGUCAAGUACCCAACGAAGGUUAAAACGUUACUCAAGAACGUGCGAGUUAAGCUGACACAACUGGUUGACAGACCGGUAAGGUACCUGGUGGCACCUCAGAAAAAGCCAAAACCGUUGCGUUUGCUAGAACCGAAAAUCGAUCCAGUCUACCAUGAGAUUGGCCGUCUCCCCAGGACGGAACUGUCGUUGAAGGAGCAACGGAAGAAGCUUAUACAGCGGGUGAAGAAGGAGAAGCGCAGUGCCGCACGCGAAAUUCGUCUCGACAAUGAGUACAUCGCGAAUCUACACCAUAAGCGACGCAUGGAAAGCGAUCGGGAGCGCAAGGAGAAGGUCAAGAGACUAUUAGGAGAGGCGACCAUCCAGCAAGGCGAGCUCAAUUCGUUGGAUCGUAAGAGAAAGUAUCGCAAAUAGGGUGUUAGUAGCCAAACAUGGUUAAGCCGACAGGGCAUGAUUUGAAGCAAAUAAAAAAAUAGCAUUAAAAA